AUGCGAGCUGCUCCGAACGAGAACAUUGCAAUGUCUUCAUCGUAUCCUGUGGUGUUCUGGGCAGCCUCUGGACAGGCAGUGACGUCUCCUGGUUGGUAUCGGAUGGAGGCGUUUUUCUGUAUUGAUCGGCACGUUCGACGGGUAUACAACCUCGACUCGAUGACUGAUUUCAAACGCCUUCAUCGUGCCACGCGUGAGGAUGCGAUUCUUGGGAAGCGGCAGACGUGCGAUUGCGAACGGAAUAACGCUGGCCCAGAUAUCGAGGCUGUACGCGAGAGAUGGCAACUCGGAGUGUCGUGGAUCCUAUCAGAUCUCUUUGAAAUGGAUAGUCACGCCAAGGCCAAAGUUGGAGGAUGUAAGGCAACGAAGGGGGCCAGCCAGCUCCACUUGAGUGAAGCGAGUGCUUUUUCGGCCCGGUCCGGGCGUGUUUCAAACGGUGCUUCAACAUUUCUACCUGUCUCUGAGUUCGGCAAGACCUCUUUCCUGCAAGAGAAGUUUGCUGCACAACACCGACUCGAACAAUCUUCUUUGUGCCCGCUGAGACCUUCUCCUCAACUCAGUCAAGAAGCGACGAACAGCAUGACUACUCCCCAACCUCCCACCACCACCACCGCCACCGCCAACGACAACAAUAUGGCCUCGAAUACCACGUCCGGCUCCACCAUCACCGCCAAGCGAAUCGCGAAAGACAUCAGCACUGGACGUCCUGCUUGCAUCCAGCUCCAUUGCGCCGGUCGAGAGAAGCACAUCUACAAUAUACCAUCCCCUCUCCACGUAUACGUCGCCAUCUUCUACGGCUCUCGAAAUGCCGCGACCGCAAUCGUCCAAUCCGGCACCAUCACUCAGCCCUCGAAAGCCUUCAACAGCGACGCUGCCCUCAAGUUCUUCACCAGCGCCGCAAGCGACAGCAGCAUCAGCAGGAGUGCUCAGCUGAGUAAGCCUCUUUCGGAAGUCCACCUCGUCCUCGACCUUCGUCAUUCACCAUACGCGCCAAACAUCUAUGCUCACAAUGGCAAGACUAUGGCGGCGUUCAGUCAGUCGAAGAUCCCGGAGUGGGAGUACAAGUUCUCACGCUCUCUCGAGGUUGCGGUUCCGUUCCUCAUUCAAGACCAAAGCGACCUCACGAACUACCGGUACGGAUGUGUGGUCCUCAUCGUCGGAAAGCAUGACCACGAGGAGAAGUGGAGAGUGGAGACGUUCCGCCCAGAGAUCCAGGUCGAGGCUCACACGCCGGACGCCGCGCUCGACACGGUAUGCUCAGUCCUUCUCCAGCGGAUGGAGAAGCAGCCAGUCGAGGCGUUGACGGCUGGAGAUCUACUUCCGGAGACGCUUGGGAAGCUGCAAGUGGCGAUCAUGGCCAUUGAUAUCGGAUGCGAAGGGACGAAGUGGGAGGCUGUUGCGAUCAAGGAGGCCAUGAGUGCUCGCAAGGCGCAUCUUGCUCGCCUUCCCAAGGUUCGAGCUAACGUCAAGCACUCUGGCGUUGACAUGAUGGAGUAUCUGCAGAAGAAGAAGGGCAACGGAGUACCCAAAGACGAAAGGUCUGGCUGGUGGAGGUUUGUACGCCAGCGAGGAUCAUUGAGAAAGCGCCGGCUGCUUGAAUUUGGUUUGGGCGAGAGCGUAUCACCCAGAAUUGUGCGAGCUGCUCAGAGUAGAGAAGAGCAGCACCGGAUGGAUGAGAGAGAAAGCACUGCAAGCAGGACACAGGCAGCGAGACGUGAUGUUGAAGAAGCAAAGUUGAAAAGCCCGAUUUCCCUCUGGAUCUACAGUCCUCCUUGA